GGACGCUACGCGGAUACAAUAUUUGACAGCAAGUCUUCGAACAGGACCUUCGGCCAGAGUCGCCCAUUCGUCCUGUUUCCCCGCGUAGCAUAUCCUUUUUUGCGGUGCCGUGAAAUGAUAAGGUUUGAAAUAGCACGAAAACCGCAUACCCCAUCGCCAGUGAUAAAGUAAACCAUGGUUGGCCUAGCAACGGACGAUAUGGUCGUGCGGACGCAACAGCACCAGCAGCCGUCGCCAAACCGACAUUUAGGCGGUGGCCAGAGUGAGUUUCCCGUGUUUAUCCCGCCGAGAAAACGGCAAACAGGAAAGAAGACAAACCAUGGCAAUCAUAUCGAUCACAUCGUAAACAUACAGGUGCAGAUUGAUGAAAAAUUUCGCCCGCUGCUAACAAUAAAUACCCAUCGUGGGCUAUACCACUACAACCGUCUACCGCCCGGCAUAAAAAUAGCCCCAGCAGCAUUUCAACAACUGAUUGAUACCAUGUUGGCAGGAAUAACAGGAGUUUGCGGCUAUAUGGAUGAUCUCAUAAUUGGAGGUAUGUCAGACAAAGACCAUGAUAAUACGCUAAAUCUUGUACUAAAACGAAUUGAGGAAUUUGGUUUCACAUUACGACCUGACAAAUGUGUGUUUAAAAUGUGUCAGAUUAAAUAUCUUGGGCAUGUAAUCGAUGGCAGGGGAAUACGUCCUGACCCUGAAAAGAUUAGCGCUAUACAGAAUUUACCAGCCCCCACCGAUAUUGCCGGAGUUAGAUCUUUCCUAGGGGCAAUUAAUUAUUAUGGAAAAUUUGUUCCAAUGAUGCGCGAUCUAAGAUUCCCCCUUGAUAAUCUUCUAAAGAACGAAAAACAAUUUAAAUGGACAACAGAAUGCGAAGCAGCUUUCAAGAAAUUUAAAGAAAUACUGUCAUCAGAGCUGCUAUUAACACACUACGAUCCUACGGCAGAAAUAAUUGUAUCAGCAGACGCUUCAUCCGUUGGAAUCGGAGCUACUAUUAGCCAUAAAUUUCCAGAUGGAAGCGUUAAGGUUAUACAGCAUGCUUCACGAGCGCUGACCAAUGCGGAGUUUAACUACAGUCAGAUUGAUCGCGAAGGCUUGGCCCUCGUUUAUGCAGUUACCAAGUUCCAUAAGAUGCUAUACGGCCGUCAUUUCAGACUCCAAACAGACCACCGUCCCCUGCUCCGGAUUUUUGGCUCGAAGAAAGGCAUUCCCGUCUAUACAGCUACCAGAUUGCAGCGAUUUGCCCUGACCAUGCAGCUGUACGACUUUUCUAUUGAGUACGUGCAAUCAGGACAUUUCGGGAAUGCAGACAUCCUCUCGCGGCUUAUAAGACACCACGUGAAACCGGAACGCGAAUACGUAAUCGCCAGCCUUAGCUUGGAGGAAGAUGUAAGGUCAGUAGCAGUGAAUGCAAUAAUUAAUUCCUCUCCUCUUUGUUUUAGAGACGUAGAACAAAGUACGCAAUCGGAUUCUUUGCUGCGAGAGGUUUAUCGUUAUAUACAAGAAGGCUGGCCGCGUGAGACUAGCUACGGCUCGGAAUUAGCGCGUUUCCAUGACCGCAAAGAGGCACUAUCGACGGUUGAAGGGUGCAUUUUGUUCGGGGAGAGGCUGGUUAUACCCGCAGACCUGCGAACACAGUGCUUGGAACAGCUCCACCGUGGUCAUCCAGGAAUCCAACGGAUGAAAUCGCUUGCGCGAAGUUAUGUGUACUGGCCACUGAUGGACAAUGAAAUAGUAGAGUACGUAGCUACUUGUGAACUGUGCGCAGCGGCUGCCAAGUCACCACCUCAAGCAAUACCAGCACCGUGGCCGAAACCUUCCGGCCCUUGGCAACGACUACAUGUGGACUACGCUGGGCCAAUUCAGGACGCCUACUUCCUAGUAGUGGUGGACGCGUUUUCCAAGUGGCCAGAAAUUAUAAAAACUUCCACAACUACUACACGAGCUACGGUUGCCAUAUUACGAGGAUUAUUUGCACGUUUCGGAAUGCCCCUUACAAUUGUGAGUGACAAUGGGCCGCAAUUCACAAGUGAUGCAUUUAAGGAAUUCUGUGAGAGCCGCGGCAUUCAACAUAUAACUACGCCACCAUUUCAUCCGCAGUCCAACGGACAGGCAGAGCGGUUUGUAGACACCCUAAAGCGCGCAUUAAGAAAGAUACAAACAGGAGACAUGUCUAUAGAUGAGGCGCUGGACACUUUUCUGCAGUCUUAUCGUACCACGCCUAAUCCGGCGCUUGAGGGGAAUGAAACGCCAGGGGAAUUGAUGGUUAAGUUUUCCGUAAGAACCCACCUCGAUCUUUUGCGCCCGCCAACUAUAAUUGAAAGGGAAACUAAUAUCGUUUAUGGAGGAUUUAUGCCAGGUGACGCUGUUUUAACAAAAGUGUAUGGGCGGAAUUCAUGGAGAUGGAUAUCGGCUGAAGUGAUAAGUAAGUUGGGGAACGUCAUGUAUCAACUAAAAGGGUCAGAUGGCAGAAUGCUCCGAAGACAUCAAAACCAAAUGCGGAAGCGAGCAUCGAAGGACAUCCCUCAGAUACUGCAGCCAGGUAGCGAAUCCAUUCAACUACCCAUUGAUGUUAUACUGGAUGAAUGGAAACUUCCGUUGGUGAGCGAUCAAUUACCACUAACCGAUACGUCAGGAGGAUCGUGCUCGGACCCUCUCCCUCAACCACUCUCCCCGGAGCGGUCGGCACCCCCGGAGACCAGUACUACCAUGUUACGUUCACCUCGUCGGUCUUCGAGGAAUAGAAGACCCCCGCGAUGGUUCGACGCGUUCGUGUUUUAAAGGGGGAGAUGUUAUGGCCCAACCUGCCUAACACAUUAGGCCACUCACCGACGACAGGCAAGGGUCUUCGUGUGAUGUGUGAGUGUAGGAGGUCGGGUCUCUCGGGAGAAUGAGAGGGCAUCAAGCGGGAACCGAGCGGCGGUCGGGCACUCGGUACGGGCAGGCAGAAGGGCAAAGAUAUUAUUAGUGAAUACACGGUUUUUACCUACAUCUUAAGCUUAAACCCUUCCCGCGUUGUUGGCCGUUGUUAAGUAGCGCAACAUAUCACAACACACACACACACACACACACACACACACACACACACACACACACACACACACACACACACACACACACACACACACACACACACACAACAUUAAAUUGUCC